AGGAAUUCAAGGGCUCAACAAUAGUUGAAUUAAUGAAAAAAGAAGGCACCACCCUAGGGCUUACAGUAUCGGGUGGAAUCGACAAGGAUGGGAAACCAAGAGUAUCUAACCUUCGUCAAGGAGGAAUCGCUGCUAGGAGUGACCAGCUGGAUGUAGGUGACUACAUCAAAUCUGUGAAUGGCAUCAAUCUGACUAAAUUUCGGCAUGAUGAGAUCAUCAGCCUGCUCAAAAAUGUUGGCGAGAGGGUUGUUUUAGAAGUGGAGUAUGAGCUGCCUCCAGUCUCUGUACAAGGAUCAGGUCUCAUCUUUAGAACCGUGGAAGUUACUCUACAUAAAGAGGGGAACACUUUUGGUUUUGUUAUAAGAGGUGGAGCACACGAUGACAGAAAUAAAUCUCGUCCUGUAGUAAUAACAUGUGUUAGACCUGGAGGGCCUGCUGACAGAGAGGGCACAAUCAAACCCGGGGACAGGCUGCUGAGUGUUGAUGGGAUCCGACUGCUGGGAACGACACAUGCUGAAGCCAUGAGUAUUCUCAAACAGUGCGGACAGGAGGCGACCCUGCUGGUGGAAUACGAUGUCUCCGUGAUGGAUUCAGUAGCAACAGCGUCUGGGCCACUACUAGUUGAAGUUGCCAAAACUCCUGGUGCUGCUCUUGGGGUUGCACUAACUACCUCGAUGUGCUGCAACAAACAGGUCAUUGUCAUAGACAAAAUCAAAUCUGCGAGUAUUGCAGACAGAUGUGGUGCAUUACAUGUAGGAGACCAUAUUCUGUCCAUUGACGGCACCAGCAUGGAGUACUGUACGCUGGCAGAAGCAACGCAGUUUUUGGCUAAUGCUGCAGAUAAUGUCAAACUUGAGAUCCUUCCUCACCACCAGACUCGGCUAGCGCUGAAAGGCCCGGAGCACGUGAAGGUUCAGAGAAGCAACAGGCAACUUACCUGGGAUUCAUGUGCCAACAGCCACAGCAGCCUCCUCACCUACCACCAUUAUAACACCUACCACCCUGACCAUUGCAGGAUGCCAGCCUUGAAAUUCCAGAAAACGUCUCCAAAAAGCCUUCCAGCUUUGGUGUCUUCAUCCUUCUCUCCUACCUCCAUGAGUGCAUACAGCCUGAGUUCCCUCAACAUGGGGACCUUACCUCGCAGCCUCUACUCCACCAGCCCACGUGGGACAAUGAUGAGGCGGAGGAUGAAAAAGAAGGACUUCAAAAGCUCCU